AUGUGGAACGCAGUGAUCCUGUACUUAAUUACGACCGUUGUCGCGAUUGCGGCUUACUACCGGUGGUCCCGCAGGAAAGUGUUUGCAGCAGUGGCCAACAUGAGUGGACCUCCGGCUUUGCCACUAAUUGGCCACAUGUAUCUGUUGGCGGAACUUACAACGGCAGAAGCCAUAUAUCAUAAGUUGAAAACGGUCGCUGCUACUUACACAUCACCACUCUGCAUCCACUUGGGUCCCUUACUACACAUUGUCCUAUACAAUCCAGAACACUUGCAAAUCGUUCUGAAUUCUCCACACUGCCUUAGCAAACCAUUGCAGUACCAAUUUUUUCGUGUCAACAAAGGACUUUUCUCCGCCCCAGUUUCCAUAUGGAAAGGUCACCGAAAAAUACUGAAUCUCUCAUUUGGUCCAGCUAUUCUGAAUAGUUUCAUUGGUAUCUUUAACGAGAAAAGUGUCGUUCUAGUCGAACUAAUGGAGAAAUACAUUGGACAGGAAGAGCGAGAUUUUUCCCACGACAUAGCACUUUGCACGUUAGAUGCAAUAUACUCGACAGCUUUUGGAUGUAAUUUCGAUAUGCAACGAGCUCCGGACGGAAAGAUCUACCUAGAACUACAGGAAGAAUUUAUUGAUAUCGUAACAACCCGCGUAUUUUCUCCAACCAGAUAUUCAGAGUUUAUUUACCGUAUGACCAAAGCAUACAGGAGAGAACAGGAGAUCCUGCGUGAGGCACGACUAAUAGCAACUAAAGUUAUGAAGGCUCGUAAUGCUGACGAGUUGCUAUCGGCAAAUGUUGAGCCAAAACUUUCGGAAAUAGAUGGCAAGAAACCGCAAAUUUUUCUCGACAAAUUGCUUGAAUUGGCUCGUGAAAACUAUCAGUUGUCCAAAGAAGACAUCCCUGAACACUUGGACACAAUUAUAUUUGCCGGCAACGACACAACAGCGACAACCAUGAGUAAUCUCCUGCUAAUGCUGGCCAUGCAUCCGGAUAUUCAAGAGCGAGUUUAUCAGGAAGUCAUGCAGGCAUGUCCCGAUAAAAAUCAGUACGUGUCAGCGGAUGACGUUACGAAACUAGUGUACACCGAGAUGGUUUGCAAAGAAACUAUGAGAUUAUUUCCGGUUGCUCCAAUUGUCGGUCGUACCGCAUCCAGCGACAUUAAGCUUGAUGAUCACUCUACUAUUCCUAGCAAUGCAACGAUAUUGUGUGGACUAUAUCAGCUACACAGGGACCCCCAGAUUUGGGGUUCAGAUGCAGAAGUGUUUAAUCCGGAUAACUUUCUACCGGAAAAUUGUGCCCAAAGGCACCCGUACGCCUACCUGCCGUUUAGUGGUGGGCCUCGCAAUUGUAUAGGUAUUCGGUACGCCUGGCUCUCGAUGAAGGUUAUGAUUGUCCAUUUGUUGAGGAAAUAUCGUUUAAAAACUAGCCUAACAAUGAAUACCCUUAAUAUAAGGUACUCGAUCAUUUUGAAAAUCACCAAUGGGUGCUGGAUCGCUUUAGAAAAGCGCGAAUCAUAG